AUGCCUUCUUCCACCACCCGCCCACGAGACCACGCAAACUCGUUCGUAAAGCGUUAUCGGACCGAAAUAGCUGCCAGCUCCUCGAGCGUCUUCUCUACGCUGGCCGCCUUCCCUCUUGACAGUGUCAAGACUCGCAUGCAGACCUACCAGUACCGUGGCUUCAUUGACUGUGUCAAACAUACUUAUCGUACCGAGCAUCUGGGUGGUUUUUUCCGAGGUGUUAUGGCCCCCAUGGCCAGCAUUACCCUCGUCCGAACCGUGUCAUUUUCCAUUUACCAACGAGCGAAAUAUUCAUAUGCGGCCUGGGUAAAAAAGAAUAUGGGAUACGACAUCCUUCGUCAUGUGAACAAGCCGGGUACAUAUCCAAAUCUAUACUCGGUGGCCUGCUUCGGUGCCGCGGGCGCCACGGCCGGCUCUGUCAUUACAUUUAUCGCCUGUCCGUUUGAGCUUACAAAGCUCAGUGCACAGGUAUCUGUGCUACUGGCAGAAAGAGCAGGCAAUUGUCAAAAGAGCAGGGCGGUGGCGUCGAGUUAUCAGAACAAGGGAACUUUGAGGACCAUGGCCAACAUUAUCAAGCAUCGUGGAGUAUUGGGGCUUUACACAGGACUCAGGUUACACCUAUUGCGUGAUACACUGGGGACAUCAAUCUACUUCAUGGUGUACGAGAGCGGGAAGCAGCUCGGAACAACCCUAGCCGGGGACAGCCCAAAUAGCAACAAGUUGGCGGUGGUAACAGCCGGCGGCAUGUGCGGUCUUGUUUCUUGGGCAUUGAUCUACCCCAUCGAUUCCGCCAAAAGCAUAUACCAACGGAACUCACUCCUCCACUCCCGUGGAGAAAAAGUCGCUCCUGCCCCCAAGAUCGAAUUCUUCAAACGUCACAUGUACCGCGGGUUGGGUGUCUCCAUGAGCCGUUCAUGCCUCGUCAAUGCCAUCUUUUUUUCGUCAUUCGAAUUCGUCAAGAAGCGCAUCAAGACGCUAGAUGACAACGACAACAACAUCAACAAGUCAAGGACAUAA